CAGGGAAACUUUUGACAUUUGCCCACAUAUGCCCGGAAACAACAACAAACACACAGAUGACAACAGAAAACAGCUGAGCAACGAGUAGUAGCAGUUGAAAUUUUGUAAAUUUUCCGGAAAUUGUGUGAACGUGCAUAAACAGUACCUUAUUUAUUUCUCUGAAGGAUCUCUAAACAGCUGUUUAUGUUUAGAUGGGACCGAUUUUCAAAACCCUGCAAGGGAUUCAUGUUUUCGAUCCGGUGAACUCUGUGAACUCCAGCUCAUGUCUGGCUUUCGACCUGCUAAGCCCUGAAUGCCUUCUUUUUCGAUCUGUUGGCCCCUUUAAAAUUAAUGUUUCUUAUGAUAAGAGAGUGAAGCGGUCGUGUAUUUGUCGUUAAUUAAUAAUUAAAUUGGGCAAAAAUAGUGAGAAAAAGAAGUUAAACCGUAGAAUUCUUCGGUUUGGUGAGUCCUUGCAGUUGGAAGUCUUUGAUUCCCGAGUUGUAGCUGUAUUUUUAAUUGCCUGUUGCAAAAGUUUCGCGGCACUGUAAAUAAUGUUUAAGCGUGCAUUCAAAGUUGUACUACGGCCAGUUGUAAAAAACAAUUUUGUUCUGUUACCCGAGAGCUAUUAUAAAGUGGUGUCCACAUAUGACAAUGGAUGUCUUCAGUUGCAGUACGAAGCACGAACGCACUAUGUAUCUUGGGCCCCGGAAGGCAGCAGUAAAGACAACGAAAUUGCUAUAAACGCAAGAGUUGCCAAAGAGAUUGGACUCAAUGAAAAUGAUUUUGUAAAAUGCACUUUAGUCGUGGAUGUUCCCAUUUUGCGAAAUGUCUUCCUUACACCCGUUUCGAAAAAGGAUUGGGAAAUAAUAGAGCUGAGUAGUGAACACAUCUCGGAUAGUGUUUUGGAGCAGACACGCAUUGUCAAUUCCAAUCAAAUUUUAAUAGUUUGGGUAAAUAAAUCCAUACAAGUAGCAUUGACGGUGGAUCGCUUGAAACCAAAUCUCACUUAUGGUAGAAUUGACCAUACAACACAAUUGAUUAUAUCGCCUGAUGUUAUCAGUAGUAACUCAAAUGGAGCAACUGAAAAUAUUCUGCGCAGUAAAACUGCCUCUAAUGUGCCCAAUGGCGAUCAACGGGGCGUUUUCGAACAGGGGCUGUCCAAAUCGUCGACCAGUAAACAAUUUAAAAAUAAUCAGAAUAUAGCCAAAUCUAGUCGGCACGACAAAAUGGAACGUUUGAAGAAAGACUUGUGCAGAGAAGCAAGUAAAUUUGUGGAGUUCAGAGUUAUAUCUGGGUCAUGGUCGGAUGACACACAAAUAUCGGACGUUUUCGUCAAUGAUAUUAACUGGCCGCCUAAUAUGGACCCAAUGUUAAUUUACUGUCUUCGUACCAUGGAGGAUCGUGAAUACUACGUUCGCAUAAACUUGAUUACUGCCGGCGAAUUUCUGACAACAAUUCACCCCACCAUAGAGAUAACUGCAAAUCUGAUGAAACUAUUAGAAUUGAAGGAAUUGGAAAAGGUGGUUCUCAAACCGAAGCCAAUGGUUGUCAAUUUUGUUGAGAAAAUUGAAUUGUUCGCCAACAAGAAAACGCAUUAUAAGGUAGUAGAAAACGCUUUUAAACGUUUUGUAAAAGAAAAAACAGAAGAAACGCCCCUUUUAUUGAACCAAAAUGAAGUUGUACGAUUAGAGGACGACCUCGUUGUAACGGUUGGCAUACUACCGGAACACUUUCAUUACUGCGCGGUCGAUUCACAAUUUCUAAAGGAAAGCAAAAUAUACGCUGCUGAUGUGGUGCGAAACGUCGAUGACAUACUUUGCGUUAAACCCCCUGUUGAGACUCCGAUCUUUUCUAAAGAUGUUAUAAAGCUUCGUGAUUUCGAUUUAAAAGUUGAAGAUCUGAUAAGUGAGUUGAGAAGAAACCUUUGUUUAGAUUCUACAAAUUCUGUUUUGCGGCAGGCGAAUAUUCUUUUGACAGGUUCUUCGGGUGCUGGGAAGACUGUUCUGGUUGAGCGUAUACUUAAUGAGUUGGUUCGCAAACCAUACUUCUGUCAUUUUGAAAUAUUUAACUGUACACGUAGCAAAGGGCGAAAGGCCGAGUCUGUGCAAAAAGAUUUGCGGACAGUUUUUACUACAUGUAUUCAAAAAGCGCCUUCAAUUGUGGUUUUGGAAAACCUAGAUGUCCUGGCUCAUGCAUCAGGUGAUCAGGCAACACAAGACAACGAAUACUUCAAUAGAAUAGCCGAUGUUGUCCAUCAACUUGUCGUUCAAUAUACAACGUCUCAUCCAAUUGCUGUUAUAGCCACUGCCAACGAAGUGCAUUCUCUCAAUAAACGCGUAUACUCGCCACGAGGCCGACACCUUUUUCAAACAAUUGUAAAUCUGCCGGGAUUAGAGAGGCAAGACCGGGAAGUGGUACUUAAGGAACUUUGUAGCCACAUUGAAACUGACAAACUGGAUUUUGAGCGGUACGCCCUUCUAACGGAGGGGUACAACAAAGGAGAUUUAGUGCAAUUUAUUGAAAGAGCAAUAUUCUACGCAUAUCGUUUAAGUAAAACCCGUCCGGUGCUCUCGAACGAACAUUUGAAAAAGUCUUUGGAAAACACUAAUUCCUAUUGCCUAAGAGGAAUAGAGAGUCAUCAAACCACCGACCAUACUUCUGAUGUGGGUGAUUCAUGCGAUGAAAAUAAUGUACACGGUUUAGAAUCGGUAACCUCCGUUCUUGAAGAAGUUCUCAUGUGGCCGUCAAGAUAUCCAAAAAUAUUUAACGAAUCGCCUCUGCGUAACCAAGCAGGUGUACUUCUCUACGGGCCGCCUGGUACUGGAAAGACGUUUUUAGUCUCAAAACUUGCUAAAAAGUGGAACCUUCGAACAAUAUCUGUUAAAGGACCGGAAUUACUCGCAAAAUAUAUUGGACAAAGUGAGGAGAACGUUCGCAACUUAUUUAAUAGGGCACGGAGUGCAAAGCCAUGUCUUCUUUUCUUUGACGAAUUCGAUAGCUUAGCACCCAAACGUGGCCACGAUUCUACCGGCGUAACGGACCGCGUAGUGAAUCAGUUGCUGACCGAGCUUGAUGGUGUCGAAGGAUUACAAGGUGUUAGUGUGAUUGCAGCAACAUCUCGGCCCGAGUUGUUGGAUCCGGCAUUACUUCGUUCCGGUCGUAUUGACCGAUUGGUUGAAUGUACACUUCCCGACUUUUCUGCCCGCGUAGCAAUUUUCGAAGCGUUAUCCACAACAUUAGCCCUUGACGAGUCAGUGGAUUUCUCUUACUUCGCCGAGAGAUCGGAAAAUUAUACUGGUGCUGAUAUUCAGAGCGUCCUAACAUCUGCCAAUAUGAUUGCCGUAAAAGAAGCUCUUGAAAAGUUUGGACAAGAGAAAAUCCCCGACAGAAUUUUGAUAAAACAGACCCAUCUGCUUGAGGCCUUCAAUUCAACUAGACCUUCACUCAGCAAGUCUGACGUCGAGCGGUAUCAGAAAACCUAUGCCAGGUUUACUAACAAGGAAAAGUCUUCCCGAGAUUUUGUCUCAAAACGCGCCACUCUGGCCUGAAUAAUCUACAAGACAAAGAUCAACACAUAAUCUAUGAAAAGAAGAAAAGAGGAUAUUUUGUUACAUUUUCAAUAAAGUUCAAUAAGUACCUGGUGACUGGUUUAUUUAGUUUUUCCCUUUAAA